GAUCUGGCUUGAAACGCCUAUAAAUAAACCCGUAAACCAUUGCUUAUACCUCGCACUCUGUUCUCGGCUUCAACUUGCUCCAUAGAAGCUAAGAAGAAGCCACAGAGAGAACCGGUCUCCUACACUCAUUCUCAAGAACAAUGGCAUCUCAUAUCGUCGGAUACCCCCGCAUGGGUCCCAAGAGAGAGCUCAAGUUCGCUCUCGAGUCUUUCUGGGAUGGCAAAAGCAGCGCCGAGGAUUUGCAGAAGGUUGCUGCUGAUCUCAGGGCAUCCAUCUGGAAGCAGAUGGCUAAUGCCGGGAUCAAGUACAUCCCCAGCAACACUUUCUCUUACUAUGAUCAGGUGCUUGAUGCCACCGCCACCCUCGGCGCCGUCCCACAAAGGUAUGGCUGGACCGGUGGUGAGAUUGGUUUUGACACCUACUUCUCCAUGGCCAGAGGUAAUGCUACCGUGCCUGCUAUGGAGAUGACCAAGUGGUUCGACACCAACUACCACUUUAUUGUCCCUGAAUUGGGACCUGAUGUGAACUUCACCUAUUCUUCUCACAAGGCUGUUGACGAAUACAAGGAGGCCAAGGCGCUUGGAGUGGAUUCCGUUCCUGUCCUCGUUGGCCCAGUCACAUACUUGUUACUCUCCAAGCCUGCCAAGGGUGUGGAGAAAACUUUUAAUCUCCUUUCUCUCCUUCCCAAAGUUCUUGCUGUCUACAAGGAAGUUAUUGCUGACCUUAAGGCAGCCGGUGCUUCAUGGAUUCAAUUUGAUGAGCCUACCCUUGUCUUGGACCUUGAGUCUCACAAGUUGCAAGCAUUUACCGAUGCAUAUGCAGAACUUGCACCUGCUUUGUCUGGUUUGAAUGUUCUUAUUGAGACCUACUUUGCUGACGUCCCAGCUGAGGCAUACAAGACUCUCACAUCUCUGAACGGCGUCACUGCAUAUGGAUUUGAUUUAGUCCGUGGAACCAAGACUCUUGAUUUGAUCAAGGGUGGAUUUCCUAGUGGAAAAUACCUCUUUGCUGGAGUGGUUGAUGGAAGGAACAUCUGGGCUAAUGACCUUGCUUCUUCUCUGGCUACAUUACAGGGUCUUGAGGGCGUUGUGGGCAAAGAUAAGCUUGUUGUAUCUACCUCCUCUUCCCUUCUCCACACUGCUGUUGAUCUUGUUAAUGAGACCAAGUUGGAUGAUGAGAUCAAGUCAUGGCUAGCUUUUGCUGCCCAAAAAAUUGUUGAAGUUAACGCAUUGGCUAAGGCCUUGUCUGGCAACAAGGAUGAGGCGUUCUUCUCUGCUAAUGCUGCAGCUCAGGCUUCAAGAAAGUCCUCUCCAAGAGUGACUAAUGAGGCUGUUCAGAAGGCUGCUGCUGCAUUGAAGGGCUCAGAUCAUCGUCGUGCAACAAAUGUCAGUGCCAGACUGGAUGCUCAACAAAAGAAGCUUAACCUUCCAAUCCUUCCAACCACCACCAUUGGAUCCUUCCCUCAGACUGUAGAACUGAGGAGGGUACGCCGUGAGUUCAAGGCUAACAAGAUCUCCGAGGAAGAGUAUGUUAAGUCAAUCAAGGAGGAAAUUCAAAAAGUUGUUCAACUUCAAGAAGAGCUUGAUAUUGAUGUUUUGGUUCAUGGAGAGCCAGAGAGGAAUGAUAUGGUUGAGUACUUCGGGGAGCAGUUGUCAGGCUUUGCCUUCACUGUUAAUGGGUGGGUGCAAUCCUAUGGAUCUCGUUGCGUGAAGCCACCAAUCAUCUAUGGUGAUGUGAGCCGCCCCAAGCCAAUGACUGUCUUCUGGUCAUCUGUAGCUCAGAGCUUUACCAAACGCCCAAUGAAGGGAAUGCUUACUGGCCCUGUUACCAUUCUCAACUGGUCCUUUGUUAGAAACGAUCAACCUAGAUCCGAAACCACCUAUCAGAUUGCUUUGGCCAUCAAGGACGAAGUAGAAGACCUUGAAAAGGCUGGCAUUACUGUCAUCCAAAUUGAUGAAGCUGCUUUGAGAGAGGGUCUGCCACUGAGGAAAUCGGAGCAAGCUGACUACUUGGACUGGGCCGUUCAUUCCUUCAGAAUCACCAAUGUUGGCGUCCUGGAUACCACUCAGAUCCACACUCACAUGUGCUACUCCAACUUCAACGACAUCAUCCACUCCAUCAUUAACAUGGAUGCCGACGUUAUAACUAUUGAGAACUCUCGUUCUGACGAGAAGCUCCUCUCAGUCUUCCGUGAAGGUGUGAAGUAUGGUGCUGGAAUUGGCCCUGGUGUGUACGACAUCCACUCCCCAAGAAUACCACCAACUGAGGAAAUUGCUGACAGAAUCAACAAGAUGCUUGCAGUGCUGGAGAAGAACAUCUUGUGGGUGAAUCCCGACUGUGGGCUCAAGACCCGUAAGUACACAGAGGUCAAACCAGCCCUCACAAACAUGGUUGCCGCAGCAAAACUCAUCCGCAACGAGCUUGCCAAGUGAAUGGUAUAAGAAAGUAGAGUCUCACAAGUCAUUGGUUCUGCUUCAUAUACACCACCAAAGAGGAUUUUUCUAUAUUGGUUGCUUCAAUAACUGUGUGCAAUAUUUUAGAUGUUUUAGCAUAUGCUCUAUGAGCAAUUGAUUCUCCCCUCAUCCUCCCCCUUUUUUUUCCUCACUCCCGUUUUCCUAAUAUCUGUUGUAUUUCUGCGGCUCUGCCGCGAUGCUUAUCGAUAUGGAAUUUUACCAGUUUUGUGCAAA